AUGUUGGGGGAACUAAUACUUCUUUUUAGGAGUUUCCAUGGGCUUCUUGCUUCCUCAGGCACCAUAGGAGCAGUGGUGGCCUGGCUGAUUAGCUAUAAACCAAUCUUGUUUGGGUUCCUACUCUUUCUGUUGUUGCUUAGCAACUGGCUUGUCAGACAUGAAUUCACACCCCAGCCCUCCGAACCACAAUCCCAGCAGGAGGGGGAACAGAAACCACCAGUUUCCGAAGCCAACACCAACAACCGAGCUAUGAACAUGAAAGAUAUCGAGAAAAUACAUGCCUGCUUUGCCCUCCAGGACAAGAUCCUCCAACGCUUGGUGUUCAGUGAGAUGAAGCUGAAGGUCUUGGAAAGUCAGAUGUUCCUCAUGUGGAAUAAGAUCAAUCACCAAGGGAGGUCUAGCAAACACUGGAGCUGCUCCAGGAGAAAAAACAGAGCACGGAGGCAGGAGUCCAUUUUCUCUACCAUCUCUGAUUGUACUUCCAGUUUUCCCACUGAAUGAGACUGAAGUGGGCUAGCCUCUGCUGAUGUCUUGAUCCAGCACCUUUUUGUUGUGGUGGUUCCUAUAACAAAUUACCUGAGACUGGGAACAUUAUGAAGAGGGUGAUUUAGUUCACAGUUCUGGGGAUAAAGAACACAGU